AUGGGUUGCAUUCGACGCCUAUUUGCCUUUCUGGAAGAAGGCCCGAAGCAUGCCUCGUCCAAGGGCAAGCCAAGCCGACGUCUUGUCAAGGCCGCUGUCGCAAUCAAUAAGAUGAAUCGAAAGCCAUCCACCGACAGUUUUCGCCAUGACACGGUGGUUUCGGAUAGCCUUGUAACCGUUACUCAAGGUCAUAUGGGCACUUGCAAAGGCAGCUCUGAAUCAGUCUCAUGCCGUUCACAGACUACCGCGCACCAAGAUGAGAACGCAAUUUCCGCCUCGGUAACCAACACGACCUUUGAACCCGAGAAUCAGUUGGCGUGGACACACUCCGAGAGCCAGGAGGGUACACAAGCUUUCCCUCUGGGGUCAAAGACCAUCACAAGUCAACCCUUGAACGCCGAGACACCGAACGAUACGAACUACCGCAGGCAACGAAGCAUCUCCGACGUGGAGCCCUUUCCUUUGCUGAAUACGAGUUUUGGCCGCACGCUCAAGAGCAGAAAGAAGGUGUCUGGCCUUACCAAUCUGUACCAGAGCCAGGCAAUUUCCCCCAUCGAGCCCAUUAGUAUCCGACCAGAAAAGCGACGAAUCAGACAAGUCUCGGUCUCUCAAUUGUCCACUGUCAGCUCCAACUCUGCUAGGGAACUUUGUGAUCUAGACGACAAUGUUUUCGUCAAGUUCCCGUCUUUUGAGCAAGCUGGAGUGAAGCAGCUCGACGGACUCCUGGAGCAUGAGAGAUGUCUUGCACAGUACUGCGACCAAGAUGAAGAUGACCAUGAGUGGGGGAUCGAUUGCCAGGACAUUGACGAAGCCGUGGUAUCCAAGAAGAGACAUUACAACGUCGUCAAUUACAAUGCGUACAUCGGGGACAGUGUUAUCCAGCAGAUCUACGAAGAAUUCCCCGAGGCAAAGGCCGAGGACUUCAAGACUGCUACUAAGCCGGCCCGUAACUUGCGAUUUGGAAACUACCUUACAGGCACAUACAUGAAGAUCAAGUCGGAAGAUGGUACAUCAAAGCCAGUGAAGAAGCCUCGCAAGUGGGCGACUGGUUUUCUUCAAAAGAUCGUUUGGCAUUUCUUCCCAAAGAAGACUGUGCCUGCUGUACCCCUCGCAACUCAAUAA